AUGAGCUGUUGGAGUGGGUUCUUCUGUCCCACGGAAUGCACCAAGAGAAGUCUUUUCCUGGUUUUCACCAUCUCUUUUACAAUAUAUUUGAUUUCCUCUUUUUAUACUUCUCCUCACCUUGCUGCUCGACCUAAAAGUAAUGGUCUUCACAUGGAAAGUGAAAAGAGUUUAUUUAGAAAAUUAUCUAUAAAUUUCAAACAAAUCUUAGGGAAACAAAAUGGAGAACUACCACCUGAAAAUGAGAAAUCUGGGAAUAAAGCCACGCCCACUCCAACACGGCCAUUUGCAUUCAUUAUUAACGAAGAAGAGAAGUGUAAAGAUAGAACACCUUUCUUGGUAUUGCUGAUAUCAACAACAGCAGCCGAGCUGCAGCACAGAAAAGCCAUCCGGGAGAGCUGGGCGAGCGAAGCCGCGGUUCCCGGCGCGGACAUUGUUCGGCUGUUCAUGCUGGGCAGCGACCCCAGGGGUGACAAAGGGGACGUUCUGCUGAGAGAAAGUGAGCAGUAUCAUGACAUCAUCCAGCAGGACUUCCUGGACACUUACAACAACUUAACUCUUAAAACUCUGAUGGGCAUGAGCUGGGUGGCCACCUACUGCAGUGGCACGAGGUUUGCUAUGAAGACAGACAGUGACGUUUUUGUCAACACGAUGCACUUGAUUGAAAAGCUCCUCAGGCCUCUCCCGCCUCCCACAGAGAAUUAUUUCACAGGCCAUUUAAUGACAGGGCACAGCCCUAUUCGGAAUAAAGCCAGUAAAUGGUACAUAUCAGAAGAAGAAUUCCCAGAAAACAAAUACCACCCUUUCUGUUCAGGAACUGGCUACGUGUUUUCUGGAGACCUGGCUGCAAAAAUUGUAGAUGCUUCUUUAAUGAUUAAAUUUAUACAUUUGGAAGAUGUUUACGUAGGGUUUUGUCUUAAUGCAAAGGGAGUAGAAAUAGCACCAUCUCCUAAAUCGCUGUUUAACAUACACAAGGUUCCAUUUUCUCCUUGUGCGUACAAUGAGUUAAUUACAUCUCAUCACAUUGAGCCACAUGAGCACAUACUCUAUUGGGAAACACUGCAAAAGAAGAAACACACAUGUCAGGAAAGAAAGGUCCAUCCUGGAGCAUCCUAG